GGAAGUCCUGUACUAGUCAUCACUCCACUCAGAGCUUGAGAUCAGUGCCGGUCACACUUCCCCUCUUCUGUAGCAGAGGACACCAGCUCCUCUAAUCCUCCUGCUUCUCCACCUCUGCCCCCCUCUAAACUCUUUUCUUGGGGAGUAACAACUAUAGCUUUGAGGAUAAUAUAGCUUUAAGACGACUUUUGGCAAAUGGAAAUGUCCUAACAUCUGGGCAGUGUUACCAGAAUCCCGGAGGCCCUGACAGACCAGGAGCCACUGGUUCUAGGAAUGUUAAAGUAGAAGGGCUUUUUCCCCCCCUCCGGACUGAUGAGAGGAGCAGAGAGCAGGGAGAAAGAGGAGAAAUGAAUGAGACCACAAAACUCAUAAAAUCAAAAGCAGAUGCUUGUUCCUGCUCUUUUCUCAGCUUCCAGUAGAAGGAUGGCUCCCUCCGAUCCCAUAUGCCUGCUUCCUCUCACUUUUGGCAGUUCAUAGCUGGUUCUGCUCUGAAAGUCAUUUCCCCUUAUCCUGGUACUUCUGGCCACAUAGCCCUAGCCUUGUCUUCUGAAGCUUCCUUGUCAAGGAUGAUGACUGGUCCACUGACUCAAAGAGGCGCUCUCUCACUGCUGCUCCUCCUAAUGCCAGCAGUGACACCAACAUGGUAUGCAGGCUCAGGUUACUCUCCAGAUGAAAGCUACAAUGAAGUAUAUGCAGAAGAGGUCCCCGCUGCCCGUGCCCUGGACUACAGAGUUCCCCGAUGGUGUUACACAUUGAAUAUCCAGGAUGGAGAAGCCACAUGCUACUCACCAAGGGGAGGAAAUUAUCAUAGUAGCCUAGGCACACGUUGUGAGCUCUCCUGUGACCGGGGCUUUCGACUGAUUGGACGGAAGUCAGUGCAAUGUUUGCCAAGCCGACGCUGGUCUGGAACUGCCUACUGCAGGCAAAUGAGGUGCCAUGUACUGCCAUUCAUCACUAGUGGCACCUACACCUGCACCAAUGGAAUGCUGCUUGACUCCCGCUGUGACUAUAGCUGUUCUAGUGGCUACCACCUAGAAGGCGAUCGCAGCCGCAUCUGCAUGGAAGAUGGGCAAUGGAGUGGAGGCGAGCCUGUAUGUGUAGACAUAGAUCCACCCAAGAUUCGUUGUCCUCACUCUCGUGAGAAAAUGGCAGAGCCAGAGAAACUAACUGCUCGAGUAUACUGGGACCCACCCUUAGUGAAAGAUUCUGCUGAUGGUACCAUCACCAGGGUGACACUUCGGGGUCCAGAGCCUGGUUCUCACUUCCCUGAAGGAGAGCAUGUGAUUCGUUAUACUGCCUAUGACCGAGCCUACAACCGGGCCAGCUGCAAGUUCAUUGUAAAAGUACAAGUGAGACGCUGUCCCAUUCUGAAACCACCACAGCACGGCUACCUCACCUGCAGCUCAGCGGGGGACAACUAUGGUGCCAUCUGUGAAUACCACUGUGAUGGUGGUUAUGAACGCCAGGGGACCCCAUCCCGAGUCUGCCAGUCAAGUCGACAGUGGUCAGGAUCACCACCUGUCUGUACUCCUAUGAAGAUUAAUGUCAACGUUAAUUCAGCUGCUGGCCUCCUGGAUCAGUUCUAUGAGAAACAGCGACUCCUCAUAGUCUCUGCUCCUGAUCCCUCCAAUCGAUACUACAAAAUGCAAAUCUCUAUGCUGCAGCAAUCUACCUGUGGACUAGACCUGCGGCAUGUGACCAUUAUUGAGCUGGUGGGACAGCCACCUCAGGAGGUGGGGCGCAUCCGGGAACAACAGCUAUCAGCAGGCAUCAUUGAGGAGCUCAGGCAAUUCCAGCGCCUCACUCGAUCCUACUUCAACAUGGUGUUAAUUGACAAGCAAGGUAUUGACCGGGAACGCUACAUGGAACCUGUCACCCCUGAGGAAAUCUUCACAUUCAUUGAUGACUACCUGCUGAGCAACCAGGAGCUGGCACGUAGACUUGAGCAGAGGGACAUAUGCGAGUGACCUUGAGCCAGGGUGUGGCUGAGGCAACUGUCCUAGGAAGCUUAAUCUGAGGAGGAAAUGUUUUCCCACUGUUGGGAGCAGCCCUCGGGUGGGGGUGAGGUUUGCUGGAUCUAGGAUCGUUCCAGGCAACAUUUGAGGGCAGAAUAUUCAUUUCCCUAAGCCAGUCUCCACUUCAUGUAGCACUGGAGGAGCCUAUGAAAGUAAGUAGGGACUGAGGACAUGCCCUGGGCAGUGAGUUGUAGACAGAAGGUCUUCUUUCCCUGACUGGAGGCUCUACCUAGCUUUCCAAAGUCUUUCAGAUAAGUAAAUCCUAAAUUCAUUCCUUAA